AUGAAGUGGAGCUCCCACUCCGCGGCCGCUGCCACCGCGGCUCCCGGUGCCCGGCUCGCUCGCGCGCCGAGCUGCCCCUGCCUGGGACUGCUGGGCUCCCGCCGCCGCCGCCUCCCGUGCAGGUGCCGCCGCCAGGCCUGCCCUUGCCCCCGCAGCCGCGCGCGGUGCCCGGCGCCCGCCACCAGCGGGUGGGCGCCCGGAGGCGGCCAGAAGCGGCCCCGAUGGGCAGCGGGCAGCGCCCUCGCCCCUCUGCCGCCGCCGCCGCCGCCCCUGCGCAGGGUCGCCCGUCCGGCUGAGCGGCGCUCCUGGCCGCGAGUCCCCGGGCCGGCCCGGCGGGUGGCCGGGGGCAGGCCGGCCGGCCGGGGCAUGUAGGAUGCUCCCGGGUGCGAGUCUCCCGCGGCGGCGGCCCCGCCGGCCCCCGCCGCCGCCCCCUCAGCUGCUCUGGCAGAUGAACGCCGAGCUCUCCCCGCGGCCGCCGCCGCCGCCCUGCCUGUGGAUGGUGCCCAGCUCCGGGGGGCUCCUGCGGCUGGCAACGGGGGUCGCGCCCCCGCCGCUGCUGCUGCCCUCCUCCCCCCGGCCGCCGCCGCCGCCGCUGCUUCCCGGGGUGCCCGGCUGGCAGGUGCCCUGCGAGCCCUCCUUCCUGCCGCUGGUCCCCGUGCCCUCGGCGGCGCCCGACCCCCCGGCGCCUCCGUACCCCUUGCUGAGCGAGCAGUGGAUGUUUGGAGCUCAAUCACCUGUGAUAGGAUUUUCUCCCUCUUCUAAUCUGGAUUUGAUCCCCAUUUUUCCCCAUGUAUACACUUCUGCUCUUCCACCUCCAGUAGGGAAAAGUUGGCUAGAGAAGAGGAUGCCCAACUGUAAGAUAUAUUUAAAUAACACAUUUGCUCUGGACUCUACUUGGAUACAUCCUGAGGAAUCAGGAUUCUUUCAUGAACAUGAGAAACCACAUUUAAUGACAAACCAAGUGGCCAUGGCUGUAUCUAGGCCAGCUCCUGCCUCCAGGCAUCUCCCCACAGUGGUGUUAGCACCUCAGCCUAUACCAGUGGGAUGUCCAAAUGGCCUUAAGCAAGUUGGCAGGCAUCCGGCCAUUGCCAUCACAUCUACAGCCAUGGUCUCUGUAGAACCUGAGGGACUUCGGGGACCUUCGGUUUCCACUGUGCAACCAUGCCAUUUGCUGACUCUGGCUCCCAUCAAAAUCCCCCUACUGACAGCCCCCUUCUCAGUUUGUCCAAAACACUUUGGGGUAAAGCACCCCGAGGUCACGGAUGAUCUCGAAAUUGCUGAUUUUCAAAACCAGACCGGCAUGAAAGAACUCUUUCAGGAAGACGGCUUUCAGGGUUUACUGCGUUUCCGGGUUAGCUUUGAAAAUGCCCUGGCUGUUGACAGGUUUUAUGAUAAUACUGGUUUGCUGAAAUCAUAG